AAGUCACAAAAGUGAGGUUAGUUGUGCACUCCGUUAUUUUUGUUGAUUUGGGGAGUAUUGUAGAGAAAAUUCACAAAAAUUCCUGUAAUUUAUCCCAUUUUUCCCCAAUUUCUAAAGUGUGUUUCUGUAAAGUACUGUGUCCAGCAUCUCACCAAGUAAUCAAAGUGUCUAAUUAAUUGCUGAAAAAAUGAUAAAUACAGGGUAAAUAGCACUAAAUGAGGUCACAUUACUGUAAAUUUUGCUAUUUGGAUUGCAAAUAAUACGGAUUUCUUCAAAGAAAUAUCCUGAAUUUUUUAGGAUACAAGCUAAUGAGGAUAGUUCCUCAACAGCCAUCCACAGAAAUAUAAAUAAAAGAUUAAGUCAAGUGAAUUCUAUCGGACUUUGGACUUGAAACGCCGAUUGCUCUUUACGAAGCUCUUUUUUAAUCUAAUCAAGUCUCGCGCGAAUGACAAGGGAAAUAAUACGUGGAGUGACCAAUUUGCAAAAGUUUUUUUCUUUAAUUUUUGUUCUGUAAUUCCCAAUGGAGCCUGUUAAAAAUACAAAAAAACUUGCUGGACGAACUCUGUUCAUCACUGGAGCUUCUCGUGGGAUUGGCAAAGCCAUCGCCCUGAAGGCUGCCCGAGAUGGUGCAAAUAUUGUUAUUGCAGCAAAGACGGCAAAUCCACAUCCUAAGCUUCCUGGAACAAUUUACACAGCAGCUCAAGAAGUUGAAGCUGCUGGAGGUAAGGCUCUGCCCUGUGUCGUUGAUGUUAGGGAUGAAAAUCAAGUCCGGGAAGCUGUUAAGUCAGCCGCAGCGAAGUUUGGCGGGAUUGACAUUGUCGUGAAUAAUGCCAGUGCAAUUUCCCUGACGCCCACAGAACAGACUGAAAUGAAGCGUUAUGAUUUGAUGCACAAUAUCAAUACCAGGGGAACUUUUCUUGUCUCGAAGGAGUGUCUGCCGUACUUGAAAAAGAGCAAUCAUGCUCAUAUCCUCAAUAUUUCGCCACCCUUGAACAUGGCUCCGCAUUGGUUUGGGCCCCACGUAGCCUAUACCAUGGCCAAAUAUGGGAUGUCCAUGUGCGUCCUUGGCAUGUCCCAUGAACUAAAAUCCCUGGGAAUUGGUGUCAAUGCCCUCUGGCCACGUACAGCAAUUUCCACAGCAGCAAUGGAAAUGCUAACAAGUGGCGGAGACUCCAAAUUCUACCGAAAACCCGAAAUAAUGGCUGAUGCUGCUUACCUCGUUCUCUGUCGCGAACCACGCACUUCAACAGGAAACUUCUUCGUUGACGAUGAAGUCCUCAAGAGUGCUGGUAUCACUGAUCUUAAACCCUAUGCAUGUGACCCCAAUCAUGCCGAUGACUUACUCCCGGACUUUUUUCUUGACUGGGAUCCAUCUCAAUUCGAGAAAUUCGCCGAUAAAAUGAACUUGACCAGAUAUACGGAAGGAGGAGAGGCCAAGCCGACUGAAAAAGGAAAUAUCGCCGGACUCUUCGGAAAAAUUGAGAGUCUGCUGAGUGAGGAACUUGUAAAGAGAGUUGGUGCCAGCUACAUGUUCAAUGUGAAGGGACAGGAGGCAGGAACAUGGUUCCUGGAUCUCACAAGUGGCUCAGGAAAGUGCGGCAAGGGUGAACCACAAGUUCCGGCUGAUUGUACACUCACAAUGGAUUCCAAGCACUUCUUCGACAUGUUCACGGGAAAACUCAAGCCGGCAAAUGCCUUCAUGUCCGGCAAACUCAAAAUUUCGGGCGAUCUCUCGAAAGCCAUGAAACUGGAAAAGCUAAUGGGAAGUCUCAAAGCAAAGCUCUGAAGAUACUCUAAAAAGCCAGAAAUUUGAGGCAUGACUGUGGAUUGAAGUGGCAGAUAUAUUUUUUAAUAAAAGGGGGUGUUAUGUGGAAUUUUAUAUAAAAAAAAUGAAGUGUUUUACUU